AUGUUUUCUCCACAAAUUGAAUGGUAUUGUGCUCAAUGUGAAUCUGUUCCAACUGAUCGUCGAAAAUAUUGUGCUGAUUGUGAUUCGAUGCUAACUUGGACAUGUACUGGUUCGGGAAAAUCUGGUUUGUACACCAAUUAUUAUCGUCAUCGUGACAACUGUAAUUAUUGUACACCAGAACUUGAAGAAGAAAGACAAAAAAAAUUGGAAGAGAAGAAAGUUGCUAAUCAGCAACAUUUUCAAAUUUUAGAUGAUAGUAAGUAA